CCUGCCGAGGGAUGGAAGGAGGUUCCCCGCCAGAAGACCCACUCCAAGCACAAAGGUGCCUUUGUGACCUUGGCACGUGAGGACUUCGAUGCCGGGCCGACAAACUUGGAUCGUAUCGAGGAAGGAUUGUGGCUCGGGAACUUGACUGCAGCCACCAAUGUGGAAGUGCUACAAAGCCAUCGCAUCGACCACAUUGUGACGGUAGACUCGUGCCCUCUGCCAAAGAAGAUCACCAUGCUGCCAGGCGUGAAUACAAUGUACAUACAAGUUACAGAUUUGCCCCGUGAGGACCUCCUAACGUAUUUUGAAGAAACGUUUGAAUUCAUUAAAGAAGGACAAGCGAAGGGUGUCGUAUUGGUGCACUGUUACUUUGGAGUAUCAAGAAGUGCAACAAUUGUGAUAGCCUACGUUAUGAAGAAAUACCAACUUUCAUUUGCUGAUGCUUUCGAAAGGGUGAAGGCACAGCGCCAGUACGUGGGGCCCAACCCGGGCUUCCAGUCGCAGCUGCGGCUCUACCACGGCAUGGGCUGGCGGCUGGACCGCGCCAACCUGCAGUUCCGCAUGUUCCGGCUGCAGGUCGCCGCCGACUACGUCAAGAAAGCAAAGAUAUUGCCCCAGAACUGCAUGGAUGUGGUGAGACCUGACCCCUCGCUCAUCACCGUUCGGCCAGAUCCACUCGUGUACCGUUGUCGUAAGUGUAGGCGCAUCCUGGCGUCGGCCUCCAACCUGCUGCCGCACCGCCCCAAGGAGCGGCCGCUCUGGGCGGACGAGAGCUGGUCCGUGCCGGGCCCCACGGACCAGGCCGUGUGCGCGCAGACACACUUCGUGGAGCCCAUCGCGUGGAUGCAGCCCGUGUACCAGUCGCUGCAGGGCAAGCUGCAGUGCCCCACGUGCCGGUCCAAGCUGGGCUCCUUCAGCUGGGUCAUGGGUUGCCAGUGUCCGUGUGGCUCCAGGAUCUCACCUGCCUUCUACCUCGUGCCCUCCAAGGUGGAGUGGAGCAACUUCGUGCAGAACGUUCAAGUAACUGUAUGAUGAACAGCCUGGCUGGAAUAGUCGACCGUCUCUUCGUCUUUUGAUCCCUCUCUGCUGCUUAUUACUUGCUAGUCAUUGUGGGACAGAAUGCUGAAAGAAUGCAGUCUCUUCCCACUUACCUGAGUACUUUUGAACAUGGUAUUAGCCUGUUACGGCAUGUAAUGAAACAAGAACUGUUUGCCAAUGUUGCCAUGAAA